GGUAAUGAGCUUUAUUUGCAUUCCAUUCUGUUCCCAGUAAUAUUACGUAACAUUUCAUCACGAAACAUUGAAUUGUUUUUUACAAUUUAUCCGGUUUUUAAUGGUUGUCCGAAAGACCAAAAGAUGGUUUUCAUAGUACGUCAAAUUGUCCCUUUGCGACGGUGCACCAUACAAAUUUGAAUCAUGAAAAAAAAUACUAUUGUGGGAUUGAUAUACAUAUACACAUAAUCAUUUUUAUGGAUAAGUAUCAUCAAUAAAACACCGAUUUCUUAUAUUUGUACUAAACCGUUUAUAAAUUUCUUGCGUUUUAAUUUUGUCCCUUGAAAUUAUCCGCGUCAUGCAGGUCCAUCGGACAACCAUAAAUUAGUUACGGAAUCUAAAUGUAGAUGGCGCAGUAAGGCACUUGACAACAAGUUUAAUUUCCUGGUAAUCUGAUAGGUCUAGCCGCCAUUUUGAAUAAACGACACUCGCGGCGUCAGUCGGUCGGGUACUGUUGGUGAGUGCGGGGUGGUUUUAUUGUCUGUCCAUCGGACCACCGGCACAAAUUCGUAAGUACUUAAUAUAUUUGAAUAAAUUAUGUCGUACUAGAUUCUGUUAUAUGUAUAUGUUACGGUAAGGGUGAAAUAAAACACAACAAAUUAUUAAUUUUUAUUGUACGGUUCAAAGUUUUAGAAAAGUCCCUCGGACAACUAGUCACUCGGACAACUGAUUUGGUUGUCCUUGGGACAUUUUGGUUGUCCGUUAGACAAAAAUGAUGUGAUAAGAUUUUUAAUAGGGUAAAUACAUGUGAUAAGAUGUUAAAUAGGGUAAAUACCCAGUCUUUGACCUUUCGCUUUGACAUAAGGUUAAUUUUAAGAUAUCAACAAUUACAUUUUUUUUUCAAUCACGGGGAUCUUUACCGUAAUUAUAACUUGCUUACACGUAUUUCAUGUAAAUAAAACUGUCUGUAUGAAACUGUUUUUUUUUAAUUUAUGGAUUGAAAUUGUAAAAAAAAUACCGUUGGUACGGAACCCUCGGCGCACGAGUCUGACUCGCACUUGACCGGUUUUUAUUUACAUGAGUCGAUAUCGCGGAAACCGAAGACAAUAUUAAAUACGUAUUUCAUUUUAGGCAAUGGGGUUGACGGAGAAGGAAAAAUCUAGGCGCUAUAGAGAGAGACUUAAAGCAGACCCAGAAAAAUUGGCUGAAAGGAAGCGAAAAAAAAGAGAAAGUUAUCAUAAAAACAAAAUAUCGAUAUCAGCUAUGCAGCCUGAGGACAAAAAAAACUGCAGAACCAUAUGGAAAUUGCGUAAACAAGAACAAAGAAAGAGAUCAAAAGCACUUCGAAACAUACUACAAGAAACACCACCAAGUUCUCCGUCUACUUUGCAGGAAAUCAAUAUACCACAAGAUCAAUAUGUACCCACUCCGCCGGCUUCUCCCUUUGCACCUCUGGAAUCUGAACAGAACAAAAAAAGAGGAAGGAAAAUAAUCCGUAGAGAUAGAUCUAAGAUGUACAAAGAAAAUUUAAAAUUACGAAGCCAAGCCAAUAUGUGGAAAAAAAAAUUUGAAAAAUUUAAGAAGAGGGCUCAUCGUAAAGCAAACGAAUUAAAUAAAAUUAAAGAAAAAAGAACCGUGGCAGAAAAUGAAUUAUACGAAAAAUACAAAACUUUAACUCGUGCUAUAAAGAAAAACUACAUGACAACAAAGGCACGAGAAGGGAAAAGGAUGUUGAGAAAGAUAUUUGAAAACGUAGAUGAAUCACGCAAGAAACAAAUCAUACAGGACAGUUUAGGUGUAAAAGGAAGCGCUAAAGCAAAGACAACAUGUAAGGGUGAAACGGAACUAAUAAAGAAAGUAAAAUGUUUUUUCCAAAGAGAUGAUGUGUCAAGAAACACCGCCGGCAAGAAAGAAACCGUCACUAAAGGAAAAGAAAAAGUUCAAAAACGGUUCCUUUUAGAGUCAAUGGAAAAUUUAUUCAAAGCGUUUAAGUUGGAGAAUCCAGGGACAAAAUGUUCCUAUUUCUAUUUUACGAAACAUCGACCCUUCUACGUACUCAGACCAACAGUAGAUGGCAGGGAUAUGUGCCUUUGUAAAACACAUGCAAAUGCAGCAGCUAAAAUAAAGGCUCUAAAGCAGAAAAGAGUUAUUAAUGCGGUGGAUACAAGUACACUGAUUCUAGAAACAGUGUGUGACAGUAAUAAAAUGGAUUGUAUGUUUGGUACUUGUGUACAAUGUCAAGAUAGAGAAAUAAAAAUAAACGAAGAUAAUGUUAAGGGUAAAAUGCAAUGGUUUGAAUGGGUGAGAGAAGAGGAAAUUUAUGUAAAAGGAGGCAAAAGGAUGAAAUCUAUUAAGAAUGUUAAAAGAUUGAAUGAAGAUUUGGUACAAAACAUGAUAGAUAAAUUUAAAGAGGAUCUGAAAAUAUUAAAAAAACAUAUUUUCAAUAUGAAAACCCAGUACAGGAAUUUCCGGCAAAGUGUUGAUAACAUUAAACCAAACGAAGCCGUAAUUUUAGUUGAUUUCAGCGAAAAUUAUAGUGCAAAAUGCCAUGAAGAAAUUCAAGCACACCAUUUUGGUGGAUCCCGCAACCAAAUAACACUCCACACUGUUGUCGUAUACCUGCACGACAAAGACAAAAAUUACAAGGUAUCUUCUUUUUGCUCUGUAUCGCCAUGCAAUAUCCAUCAACCUGCUGCAAUAUGGGCGCACUUACAUCCGAUUCUAACAAGCAUUAUUGAAGAUUACCCUGAAAUUGACACUAUCCAUUACUUUUCUGAUGGACCUUUCUCUCAGUAUCGCCAGAAAGGUAACUUCUUCUUGGCUUGUACAAAAACAUUUGACUACGGGUUUCAAGCAUUUAGCUGGUCAUUCUUCGAAGCAGGUCAUGGCAAGGGAGCGGCUGAUGGAAUUGGGGGAUUCCUUAAAAGAGAGGCGGAUAACAAGGUAGCAACUGGAAAAGACAUAACCGAUGCAUUUGGAUUUUACCAAGCCCUCAAGGAAUCUAGCAAAAUCAAAUUGUUUUAUAUAAUCAAAGAAAAAAUUGACGAUGUUCAAAAUUGUAUUCCAAAGGAUCUUGUCCCUCUGCCUGGAACCAAAGAUGUGCACCAAAUCUUUUCAAGGAUUCGUGGCCAACUAAAGUAUAGAAAUUUGAGUUGUUUUUGCUCAAGAGGAUUGUGCGACUGUUUGCAUCCAAAGUUUUACUCACCUACCCCAACUUUAAGAAUAAUUCCAUCCCCUGUGGACAUGUGUGAGGACAACAUACUUGAUGAUGUAGACAACAUACGUGAUGAUAUUAUAUCCAGUGAUGAUACUGAUGAUGAUUUGCCUUUGAGUGCCCUGGUUUCUUUAAAACAGGAUGACAUCUUAUUUACUGAUCUACAUAAGGCUCCAAACAAAAGUAUUUACAACUGUGUGUAUGGUUCUUCUGAUGAGUCUAAUGAUGAAAAAAAUACUACACAGCCAUCAGUAUCAGGGCAAAACCAGUUAUUACCUGGAAUGGGUGAUUAUCUACUCGUCAAAGUUUAUGGCACCAAAGGCAAAUCAUACCAUAUUUACGCAUGCAUUGCUCAAAGCAAUAUCGACGACGAUGGAGAAAUUAAAGUCACAUUUAUGAAAUGUGUUAAAGGUGGGAAACUAUUUGUCCUCAAUGAAAAAGAUGUCUCCUAUGUUGCUUAUGAAGACAUCGUUCAAAAACUUCCUAAUCCGGAAAUUCAAUUGAAAAGAGGUGUCAAUUAUUUUAAGUUUCCAAUAGACACCAAUGUUUUUGAAAAGUAAUUUAUUGUAGGGAACUGUUGAUCUCCAUUAGGUUAAGAAAAACUAAUUUUUCGAUAGAUACGUUAAUUAGAAAAGAGGCGUCAAUA